AAAUCCACAUGAAAAGGUGCCUAAAUCAUCAUCAGUCCACCUAUCUCAGGAUCGUUUCAUUACGCGAUACGUUAAAACGGGAAAGAUAACCCGUGCCAUUGCACGCUCUCGCGUUACAUUUCCCCGUUCAUUUAACCACAAGGAGUGAGGAGUCAAGAACCAGUUUGAGCGUAGAAUAAUUCGAGGCGCGCGCUAUUGGCUCCCCGUCCUCAUCUGUCAAUCUGCGGAGGCGGGACUCUGUGAUCGCGUUCGCAGGAGGCGAGAGAUGCACGAGCUGUACUUUUCUACUGUGUUGGAGCGCUUCGCACUUCCCGAGCUCAGUCCGAGCGUCAAGUGAACGGUGUGCGGAAAGCGCAGUUGGACUUCAACCGAGGAGAAGUUAUUGAAGGAGCCUGUUGUAUUGAUUGCAGCAGCCUGCACCUGGAUAAGCAUCACAAUCAGCGCGCGGAGAAGCGAAAGAGCGAAGAAAGUGUGUUUCGGGCAGCUGUUACAGAAGGAAGGCAAUAUGAUGGUGAAGCAGCAUGUGCUGUUUACCCUGUACAGCAUCUGCGGGAUCAUCCUUAAAGAUAUUCUUGCCGUUUCAGUGGCGGCAACGAAAAACAAAGUGAGAGGAGCCCAAGGCCAGUUCCCUCUCGUACAGAACAUGACUGUGACAGAAGGAGGGAUAGCCAACUUGACCUGCCGUGUGGAACACAAUGACAACACCUCCCUCCAGUGGUCAAACCCUGCACAACAGACACUCUUCUUUGGGGACAAGAAAGCGCUGAGAGAUAACCGGAUUGAGCUGGUCCGAGCCACGGCGCAGGAGUUGACGAUCAGCAUCAGCGAGGUCACGCUGGGAGACGAAGGGCUUUACACGUGCUCCCUCUUCACUAUGCCUGUCAAAACAGCCAAGGCUUUCCUCACCGUCCUGGGUGUGCCUAAGAAACCAGAGAUUAAUGGACUCACCAAGCCUGCAAAAGAGGGCGAUCACAUCACUCUGACCUGUGUGACCUCUGGCAGCAAACCUGCGGCUGAUGUCCGAUGGUUCAGAAAUGAGAAGGAGAUCAAAGGUGCCAAAGAGGUGAAUGCCAGUGGCAAGACAUUCACAGUGAAGAGUUCCCUGCGGCUCCAGGUGGACCGGCAGGAUGACGGUGUGGCCUACACUUGUAGAGUGGACCACGUGGCCCUGACUGCCACCCACGAAGACACUACGCAGGUCUUGGAGGUCCACUAUGCUCCCAUUGUAAACAUCAUACACUCCGCCACCCUCCCGCAGGAGGGACAGUACCUGAAACUGGAAUGUGUACCAAAAGGAAACCCCUCGCCAGACCCAGUACUCUGGACUAAAGACGGCGGAGACCUGCCAGACCUGGAUCAUAUGAUUGUCGAAGGAAGAGAACUCACCUUCACGUCACUGAACAAAACCGAUAACGGCACCUACCGCUGUGAAGCCACCAAUCACCUCGGAACCAGUCAUGCUGAAUAUAAGCUGGUCAUUUAUGAUGCCCCCACCACACCAUCACCAUCCACAACCUCCCCUGCACCCACCCUCCCAGACACUCCAGGUCCCUUAGACUCCAAGAAUCUCAAUUCUGCCGUCACCGGUAACAGAGAUCCUAAUGCCCAGAAAAACGUGCCAGAUCACGCUCUAAUCGGAGGAGUAGUCGCUGUUGUCGUUUUCGCAACUUUGUGCUUAAUUAUUGUUUUGGGACGCUACCUGGCACGGCAUAAAGGCACGUAUUUGACAAACGAGGCCAAAGGAGCAGAUGAUGCCCCGGACGCAGACACAGCCAUCAUCAAUGCCGACGGCAACCACGCACACGCAGAAGAAAAGAAAGAGUAUUUCAUUUAGACUGCAAAUGGCACUGCGCUCCUCUCUCUCCUCUCAUUCCUUCCCUCCUUCCCUGCACAGGAACUUCUUCAGACAGCAGUGGAAGCUUCUUCUCACAUUUGUUGUUUUGUUUUGGGUUAUUUUUUCAUUUCAUUUUGGUUUUCUUUUGCCUUUUUCAAUAACAGCUCACCUGCUACUUUUUUACGAGCAACUUAUUUGCUGAAGAUGUCACCUUUUGUAAUCAUUACAUAGCUGUAAAACACGCCCAAAGUAGUCCAAAAAUGUCUAAAUCUCCAAAUAUGAAAAAAGAAAAUUGUCUGCAGCCAUCUUUCAGUAAGGACUCGCCCUCCAUCUUCUCACAGUGCCUAAAUAUACAAAUGUUCGCUGAAUUUCAGUCAAUGCCUUUGUUUGUCAGGCCUCUGAUUGGUUGCUUGCUUUUAUCUUCAGCGUUAUGAUUUUUAAAAAUGUUUUGUGGUCUGUUUCUGUUUUAAUUCAUUUCUACUUUUGUUUCGGUUGUGAUUCAUGCUGAAUCCAUUUGUUAUGCUGUUUCUCCCAAAAAAAAAAAAAGAUGUACAGUAGUAAAAAAAUAUACUCAGACUUGAAGUGAGGGAGGUUCCCUUUUUAUUCUACAGAUUUUUAGGUGUUAAUAAUGUUAUCGGUACGUAGAGACGCUCCAUUCUCCAAAAGACCAUUACAUGAUGUGAAACUGACAGCUCACACUAUGACUAAAAUCAGUAUUUUGUACUUGAACUGUAGAUAUUGGUACGUAAAUGAAUAGCUCCACAGAAGAUCUCAGUGUGUUCCACCUGAAAAUCACCUUGUGUUUUUAAAAAUUAGGAUAAGCAGUUAGGUUAACCAGCUCUGGUUACCAGAUAAACCAUAGCGGGUUAGUGAUAUAGCAACCAGGCAAAGAAAGAAAGAAGAAGCCCAGUCGUGUGUGUUUGUGUAGUAUGAUGAUGCAUCUCCACUGCUUGGUUCUUAUGACAACCGCUUAUUCUUACACUGAUCGGCCCAUAACAACAGAUCCACGGUCCAGGCGGGAAACAUCCGUACGCCAUCCUUCAGCUGUUUACACAACCAUUUUGCUGAACACAAGAUAUCUCACAAAACAAAAAGUGAUACUUUAAAAGGAACAAAAAUAAGUAGUGCGCAACUAUUUCAGUGCUCUUAAACCUUCAUGUCAUUGGUCAGAUCAAUAGGCCUAUACAGAUCCCCAAAAAACAUUACAAAUGUUAUAACAAUGCUGAUAUGUUGCUGAUAUGCAACUUUCACCUGCUCAUUCCAUAGCGUGAGGUUUAGGCCGAACAAAUUAAUAAGCACAAAAAAACUAUUGAGUGAGGUCUAAUGCAACAAUCAUGACAUAAAAUUUGAUUUUCAUUACCCAGACUGGACAUCAGUACACUAAAGUCAUGGAUUAUGUUGAUGGUUGGAAGUGUUUUUGAAACAACAGUAUUUUUUUUUCCGUUCUUUUGUUGAUUUCUAUGAUGAAUAGACAACCUUGCUAAGGCUGUAUAAUAUAUCUGCUAAAUGUGGUAACUAGUGAAAAUUGUUGUUAGACUUUGGGAUCCCUAAUUCCAUCAAGUUUGUAUAUUAGCUGAUCUAAAUAUUGGUGGGGAAAAAAACUCUUUUUUCAUCUUAUUUGUUAUUAAAAGAUUAUUCACAACUUCACAACCUUUGCUAUAGCUCAAGGCAUGUAUAUACUGUAUAAGUAUCACGUUUUGGGGAAACAUUUUUGAAAGCUAAUUUUUUUUUUUUUUUUUGACUGUAAAUUAUUUAAUUUUGCUUAAUUGAAAACCACUCAAUGAGUAUGACGGCAAUUGUAUGACAGCAGUGGGAUACUUGUUAAAAUGGCAAAGCUAUGUAUUUGUCGAAUGAAAACACUUUUACCUGAUGUUUGUUUCCUGUAAAUGAUGACGAUUAUUGUUCAUACUCGGCAUUGCUUUCGCAGUCUGUCUCCGUUCUCACAUUGAAAAGAUAUCAGUGAAGCUUAAAAAACCAAUUGAUGGUCAAGCUUUACAUGUCUGAUGGUAAUAUCUCGAAAACAUCUUUUCAUUUUAGUCCUAAUGCACCACAAUGACACAUAUCACUUCCAUAUACACGUACAGUAUGUAACUCAAACGUAAUUGUAAUGUCACAUGUAUCCCUAAUAUGUGUGAAUAUAUUAAUGGCUAGGAAUAUGGUAUCCUUUGACAGAGCCAACGUUAAGCGUUGCAUACGACUUAAGGCCAAACCGUUUAUCAGUGCACACAGAAUCAAUUUAAGCCUUAUGAAAUGAAACGUGCCGACACGAUUACCUUUCAUUUAUUUCUCUUCUCUUGCUACUUUCUGUCUCUGUGGAUUGGCUCAGUGUCUGGCAAAGUAACCGCUAACAAUGUUUGGUACUUGUCUGUCUGAUCGACCUAAUGCUGCCUUUGUGGUCAGUAAAUCACAUGCUAUUGUCAAGAAAAUAUAUUCACUUGCUCAGAUUUUGACCCGUUACAGAACAUACUCAACCUUUCUAAGAAUAAAUCAGCUUCUUUUAUCACCAUAAUUGCCUUUGUGUUUGUAGUGGGAGCUUCAUGUUGUUUUGUCGCUUCAGCUCUUCUCUUGCGGGUUCUUGUCUCAUUAAAGACUUGUUUCUUUUCCUUCAAACUUGCCUUUGUACAUUUUGCAUGUUGCAUUGUCAGCUCAUAUUCACAUUUUAAUGCAUCAGAAUGCAUUUCGAGUUUGAUGGGUUUUUUUUGUUCAGCUAGUGAUCGCAGUGGAAUGGUUCAUAGCUAAAACGAUGGCCUAAAACUUUUGGAUUACACCUGGGAUUUAUUCAGUAUAUCUGUGACAAUUUGCCAUUUUAGUCAUAGUUUAUUUACUGUUGUUGGUGUGGAAGGA